AUGGAUUCGGUUUCUUCUGUGCCAGUUGAUCAGUUGGCUUCUUACGACAACGCUUCUUCUUUGCUGGCAUCGGGCCACCACCUUGCGAUAAAUUCAAUGACAUUCCAAGAGUCAUUCCAGAAGAGCAAGGUAAUUGAUGUUGCAUAUGUGGAAGUUGAUGUGGAUGCAUUGGAUGAUACGGAUUGUGAUGAUGAUGUUGAGGGAGUGUGGACGGAUCCUGAUAGACGAAUUGCUGCAUGGGCCACGUGUAACACCUGCCACGUGGCUCUGGCGGAAAAUCGUCGUCUAAUGAAUCGUUCAUUCUGGAAGCGCGUGGGAAGAGCUCCACAGGUUGGACGACGAAGUGGGUGGAGCAACAAUAGAUUUCGUGCGGAUGACGACGACUUCUGGAGAGAAUUUGAGAAAUUCAGAAUGCGAGUUGAGCAAGAGGAAGAGUGA